GCUCCCUAGCCAAUCAGUAGCUGAAGCUGCAGCUCCAUUGUGCCAACAAAGCAGAAAAGAUGCAGAGAAUGACAGGCUAAUCACCCAGGCUGCAGAAUCUCUGAACCUGAUCCUUAACUUUCUACAGCCCACCCCAUGAAGCCUCUGACCAGCCCUGAUGUAAAGGAAAUGCAUGCAUGGUUUAAAAUGAAAAUACCAAAGAAAAUAGUGGUGGCCGGUGCAAUAUGUGCAGCAGUCCUUUUCCUUUUUUACAAUCAGAAUCAAGUACACAUUCCGAAAGUUACCUAUUUAUUUAGAACAUGCAAUGAUGACCAACCACAAAAGGAAACAUCUACAAAUAUGUUUGAGAAUGAUCCAACGAAAAUCGACCUGAUGGUUGAGAACAUUUUUCAAAAAGUUGACCAACUCAUACCCAAGGUGACCCUACAAGACUUAAACAGAGCAACCAGUGGAGAAAUGACAGAGGCUACGAUCAUGAAUCCAAAAGACAAGUAUUGCAUUGGGAAUCAGUUGCAUGUGAAAGUACAAGCCUAUGAUUAUUUAGGAGAAAUGAAGACAUUUGGUGGUGACUAUCUAAGGGCAAGGAUAUAUUCACCAGCGACAAACAGCAGUGCGAGUGGAAACAUCACAGAUUUUAAUAAUGGGACCUACUUGGUAAACUUUACAUUGUUUUGGGAAGGCAAUGUCCACAUAUCCAUUCUGUUAAUGCAUCCAAGUGAAGCAGUGUCUGCCUUAUGGAGGGCGAGAAAUCAAGGGUUUCAAAACAUCAAAUAUACCGGCAAUUUCACAAGUGCUACUGAAUAUGUAAAUAGUGAAUGCAAUUUCAAACUUGAUACAGAAGAUGAAAUUUGCCAAUACGUAGACCAAAGGGAUAAUGAAGCUUUUUACUGUGUUAAGCCUCCAAAUUUUCCCUGUGAAGCUUUGACCCACAUGAAUUCUGUCAACAGAAACCAUACCUAUCUUUCAGAAGCGGAGCAGCAACUUCUCCAAAGGUCAAACAUUGGUGUGGAAAUUUCUCAAAUGUUGAAGCCAGUGGAUGUCUUGAGCUGUAGUAGAGCACAAAAAGCACACACAGAAAAAUGCAGUCUUGGUACAUAUUACCCUAUACCAAGCGGAUACUUCUCAUAUAAUCGGUGGAAUCCUAUACACUGUAAAAUGAGCAUGUUCACUGAAAAUGAAAUCCUCAAAAACUUCCUUACAGGAAAAAAAUUGUUUCUUAUUGGGGAUUCUACAGUGCGGCAAUACGUACGACACUUUGCUGAAGUACUCAAAAUUGUGGAUUAUUUCAACCAUACAGAAGAUGAAAUGCAGUCCUGGCAGAAGACACUCCUAGCUAUUAACCUAGAAAAGUUUAUCUAUGUUCAGUGGAAAAAACACACUUUUCCAUUUGUUAGCCAGACUUUCUACUCGAUCAAAGAAGAUGCCUACAUGGCUCGUCAGAUUGAUCAGAUUGGUGGAGGAGUAAACACGAUAAUUGUUCUGACCAUGGGCCAACAUUUCAGACCUUUCUCAUUCCGCAUUUUUAUCAAGACUGCAAUUAAUGUCCGCAAAGCGGUAGAGCGACUCUUUAUUAGGAGUCCGAGGACCAAAGUCAUCAUUAAAGAAGAGAAUGUUAGAGACAUGGAUAUUUGUAUGGAAAGAUUCAGUGAUUUUCAUGGUCAUAUCCAAUAUCUUAUACUCAGGAAAAUAUUUGACGGAUUGAAUGUUGGAUUUGUCGAUACGUUAGAUAUGACCGUUGCCUAUGCCUCUCAUGUUAUCCAUCCCCCAGUGGAAGUUCUUGAGAAUAUCAUUAGCAUGUCUUUUACACAAGCAUCAUAACAGGACAUACCUCCAUUUAACAAAAAAUAAUUGAAGUCUCACCUUCGAAGGCACAAAAAUGUAUAUAAGUACUUUUCAUCUGUUUGAUGAGCUAAUUAGUUGUAAUUAAAGUGAUAUAAAGACUCCAUAAACAGCAUUUUUAUAAAGUUAUGGGAGAGUAUUUAUCUUAAUAUAGAGUUAUUUUAAAAGAGGGAGCAUGUCAUAA